GAAGAGGCGGGGCGGUUUGCAGCCUGCGAGGAGAGGGAAGCAAAUGGGGAAGCGGCUGCUGGGGUUUGCAGGAAGGGGAAGGAAGGCUGGCCGGGACCGGGAAGCCUCCCUUGUUUCUCUCCCAGGUUCCUGGACCUGCCUCCAGGAGGAUGAAGGAAGGCACUCGGAGGGUCUGCUGGAGGAGGUAGACUUCCCAAUGAAGACAGAAGCCCUGCCGCCCUUGAGCACCCUUUUCUUAUGCCAUGAAUAACAUCACUAUGCCCACCUCUCCUGGGCCAGCCAACGACUCCCUGGUGGAAUACGUUUUGGUGCCAUUUUUCCUUAUCACCAUUGUCGGGGUCAUCAUGGCUGUGAUGAUGUACAUCCAGAAGAAGAGGAGGUACGACCGACUGCGUCACCAUUUGCUGCCAAUGUACAACUAUGAUCCUGCAGAAGAGCUGCAUGAAGCUGAACAGGAGCUCCUAGUAGAGCCGGAGGACACGAAAGUGAUGAGAACCUGGGGAGGAUACCAGCCCUGCCGUGGUUCAUUUAUGGACGUGAAAGCUUGAUGAUGCUUCGCUCGGACUGACCAAGGGUGUAUAUGGAUGACCUCGUCACCCUGGCAUGUAUGCAAUCUUGAAACACGCCCAAACCACAUUAACUUUGAACCUGCUGCCUUUCCACUUCAAUAUUGUCUUUAUUUUUUUGCCUUGACUCCCAGCAAGAGGUGAGUCCAUUUAGGCUGUACUGCUAACACAGGUCCUUUUGAGUUCCUGGUAUUCAGAGUCAAAGGCAUGCACAUCUGGAUCUAGAAAAAUUACUUGACCUGAUGACAUUCCUUACUUCUAGGCAUUCUGGUUUAUAAUUGAUGUUGGGGGAGAUGCAGGAGCUUCUUGAACUUCAGGUGAAGGUAGCUCUUGUUCUGUGAGCUACCAUCCACAAAUUUAUCAGCUUUCUAAAAGCUCCAGCUGACCUCUUCUUUUGUAAGCAGCAAAAGCUGCAGCUGCUAUGCCAUUCCAGUGCAUUUGCUAGCUGCCUCCCUGUCCUAACAUACCUAUGCAUAUAAAUGGGUCUGUCACUUAGGUCUUGGGUUCCUGUGACGUCUCCCUUGAUGGAUGCAGAGAAAGUGAAUAAAAUGGCAAAGCCUGUGUAAGCAAGAAAACUGGGUAUGUGUGGCUAUAAUGUAACAUAAUUUACUUUGAAAUAUGUGUAAUGAGUACAUGCUGAUCUGUGUGGCUAUUAUUUGAUGGAUAUGCUGGGAGGAUGGUUUUUCUGGGAAGGUCAUGCAAAGGACAUCUGGUGAAAGGGGCCUUAAUGUAUUGUUGAAAAAUUAUUUGUUCCUUCAGGAAAGUUUUGAGUUCAUCAGGGUGGUUCUUUCUAUGAGGGUUUUGUAUUUGGGAGCUCAUAUAUUUUGUAAAUAAAUCCCGUCCUGAACUGGAA